ACAAGCGGGUGGGGCGUGCGUAGGCGCCGCCCAAACGCGCCCGCCUUACGAUCUCGCUGCACAUACUCAAAAGACAGCCGUCCCUAGACUCGUCAAGACAAGGGUCCUUACCCCGAUCUAAUUACCAACUUUUUCUAAAAUUGGCUAUAAUUUUCCUGAAAUCCUAAAUUGCCUAAUGUGUUACACCGUUGAAAAUUAACUAGUGAUGUGUUUGUGUGAUUUGUGCAAUAAAAAUGCCAAGGAAACGUAGAUCUCCUCCCGUUGAGAAGAGAGAUGACGCGGAUGACGACGAUUUUCUGUUCGAUGACUCUCAGUCUAGUUCUGGUAGAAGCGGACACGAGCCCCAACACAGAAAUGCCGCCAAUGCUCGCGAACGAGCCCGUAUGAGGGUACUUUCAAAGGCUUUUUGUAGGUUGAAAACCACUUUGCCAUGGGUGCCGGCGGAUACGAAACUGUCAAAACUCGACACGCUGCGGCUGGCGGCUUCUUACAUUGCGCAUCUGAGAGCGUUACUCCACGAACCACGGUCCGCGCAUACUCCUCCACAUCCAUUAAACCUGGCUUGGCCAUUCGCUUUUCAGCACGGCGGAUCUCUGAGCUGCACGAUUUCUCAGCGAUGGAGUCUCAACCAGCAAAACUCCGAAUCAACCAGGCACCAACAGCCUCAAAGGGAAAUCCAAAACAAUUGCAGCGAUAAUUACGGACAGGAGUAUUCCGAAAACGAUUACGAUGAGAGAAACUACGACGACACGAACGAAGAGUGCAAUCCUAUGCAAUAUACCAACUAUGGUUAUAAGGAAAAUUAUUAUGAAAUGAGAAAUAUGUAUUCAUCCGACGGAUUGAUGAAUGUGUGAUAUUUUUUGGAACCCUUUUUUUUGGGUU